GAGAAGUAUGAUUAAGGCCAUCAAUUGGAUAUGGUACAAAAGUCGGGGACUGCCCUUGAUGUCCCCAUAAUAAUGUAGAAUGUCCGCGUGUUUCUGAAACGAAAUUAGGCAGACUGUACCUCCAUUAAGUAAGUGACAUUUCAGAGGUAAGGAUGGAGCAAACAGACAUCGCCCACUUUAACAAGUUGCGACAGGAGGGUACAUUUUGUGACGUGGUCGUCUUAGUGAAUGGAGUCGAGUUCAAAGCCCACAAGAUUAUUCUCUGUGCCUGCAGUUCCUACUUUCGCACCCUGUUCACCGGCAGCUGGAACACAGGCAAGGAGGUGUACACUAUUCCCGGGGUGUCACCUGAUAUGAUGAAGCUCAUCAUUGACUACGCCUACACACAAACCGUACCGAUCGCCAAGGACAACGUGGAAGGCCUCCUGACCGCGGCCGACCAGUUCUGCAUCAUGGGCAUCGUGCAAGCCUGCUGCGACUUCCUGCGGACUCAGCUCUGCCCGCAGAACUGCAUCGGCAUCUGGAGGCUGAUGGAGGUCUACUUCUGCCCGGAGCUACGGCAGCGGGCCUACCACUUCAUCCUGCGCCACUUCGAGGAGGUGGGACGCACCUCCGAGGAGUUCCUGGGGCUGUCGCUGGCCCAGCUCGGCCACCUCCUGGAGCAGGACCUGCUCGACGUCACGCAGGAGGAAGUGCUGUUUGACCUGGCGCUUCGGUGGAUCGGGCACCUGCCCUCGGAGCGCAAGUCCUCCGUCUCCGUGCUGUUGCACAAGAUGCGGAUUGGCUUGAUGAGUACGGACUUCGUCUUGAACAGCCUGAAGACCAACCCCCUGGUGAAGGACAGCGACGAGUGCAAGCUCCUCAUCCGCCACGUCAUGCAACAGCCCAGGGGCACGCCAUGGAGGCCCCGCCUGCCCUCUGCCGUCCUGCUGGCCAUCGGCGGCUGGAGCGGGGGCAACCCCACCAACGCCGUGGAGUCCUACGACGUCCGGGCCGACUACUGGGUCAGGGUGUCCCAAUACGAGAACCCCCGCGCCUACCACGGCACGGUCUACCUGCAGGGCUUCAUCUACUGCAUCGGGGGCCGCGACAGCACGGACUACUUCAACGGCGUGCGCAGGUUCGACCCGCUGGCCCGGGCCUGGCACGAGGCCGCGCCCAUGCACUGCCGCCGCUGUUUCGUGAGCGUGGCCGUGCUGGACGGCCACGUCUACGCCAUGGGCGGCUUCGACGGGUACGUGCGCCUCGACUCCGCGGAGAGAUACGCGCCCGAGGCCAACCAGUGGAGCCUCCUCCCGCCCAUGAACGAGCUGAGGAGCGACGCUAGCGCUACCACGCUGCACGGCAAGGUGUACAUCUGUGGGGGUUUUGAUGGGGAUGACUGCCUCUUAACUGCAGAGUAUUACAGUCCCCAGACCAACCAGUGGACCAUGAUCACCCCCAUGAACAUUCGCCGCAGUGGGGUUGGAGUCACUGCUUACGCUGGAGAGGUCUUUGUGGUGGGAGGCUUCGACGGGGUGAACCGUCUGCGCAGCGUCGACGCCUACAGCCCACAGACCAACUCCUGGCGCAGCGUCCCGGAGAUGCUCACCGCCCGCAGCAACUUCGCCAUCGAGGUGAUGGACAACCGGCUGUUUGUGGUGGGCGGCUUCAACGGCUUCACCACCACCGUCAACGCGGAGUGCUACGACGGGAGUGCGGCCGAGUGGACCACCAUCCAGAACAUGAACUUCUACCGCAGCGCGCUGAGCUGCUGUACCGUGCCCGACCUGAACAACAUCAACCACUACGCCGCCCCUCGAGGACCCCUGUAGAUCCACAUCACCCGACCUGAACAACAUCAACCACUACGCCGCCCCUCGAGGACCCCUGUAGAUCCACAUCACCCGACCUGAACAAUAUCGACCACUACGCCGCCCCUUGAGGAUCCCUGUACAGCCUCAUCACCCGACCUGAACAACAUCAACCACUACGCCGCCCCUUGAGGAUCCCUGUAGAUCCACAUCACCCGACCUGAACAACAUCAACCACUACGCCGCCCCUCGAGGACCCCUGUAGAUCCACAUCACCCAACCUGACCAACAUCAACCACUACGCCGCCCCUCGAGGACCCCUGUAGAUCCACAUCACCCAACCUGACCAACAUCAACCACUACGCCGCCCCUCGAGGACCCCUGUAGAUCCACAUCACCCGACCUGAACAACAUCGACCACUAACCACAACCUGCUGGAGCCAUUAGGUCCCGCCCCCCACUGCAUUCAUUGGCAGAAAUUAUGUGUGAAGCCUUUGCUUGUCUCAAUAUCAUGUAGACGUGCCUUCAAAUGUGUGGAUAGGGAGUGAGUGCAGCUGAAUACAAUCAGAAUUUACCGAAUACAAUGGGGGUGUAUCUUUGGGGUGUAUAUGUGUU